UCGACUCCCGUACGAGAAAUUAUUGGGACAGUGGAGGAAUUUUUUUUUUUUCGGGAAUUUGGACAGUGGAGGAAGAUGAUGGUAGAAAUUGCAAGAAGUGGGCACGUCGCAUCGUUAGCUCUCUCUCUCGGUAGUCUUGCCAGUCUAGCGAUGCUGGGCAGUCGGUCUUUCUAAAGCAUCGUCUUCUGCGACCACUUUCAUGUCAUUCAGCCGUCUUCAAGCUCUUCCAUCAGGGCAUAAAGGUUUGGACUUUUGGGGGCCUUCUGAGUUAUCUGCUGAAAAAAAAGUCGAAUUUUCGUAUUGAAUGUUGGCAGAUAAUCAAAAUUUAAUCAGCGAUUCUAUCCACCACAGAUUUUCAGUUCAAGCUCGGUCAGUUUACCCUUAGACUUCGAUUAGCUUCUCCUCGAGUUAGCGCUUGGGGUUUAACGAGAAGUUACUAGGGUUUCGAGGCCUCUUAAUCGAUGAGUUCUGAAGCAAGAAUGAGUAGAAAAAUUUGUUUUUUGGUUUGGUUUCUGAUUGUGUGGGGCUCUUGUUGGGGGAGAUUUGUGGUGGAGAAGAAUAGUUUGAAGGUCACCUCGCCGGAUACUUUGAAAGGCGUGUAUCAGUGUGCGAUUGGGAAUUUCGGCAUUCCUCAAUAUGGUGGGACAAUGGUGGGCUUUGUGACUUAUCCCAAAACUAAUAGGAAAGCUUGCAAGAGCUUUCAUGAAUUUGAUAUCUCUUUCAAAGUUAAGCCAGGAGGGUUUCCAACCUUCAUUCUCAUCGACAGAGGAGAUUGCUAUUUUACAACAAAAGCUUGGAACGCACAGAAUGCAGGAGCUGCUGCAAUUCUUGUUGCUGAUGACAAGGAGGAACCAUUGAUCACAAUGGACACGCCUGAAGAAGACAGUGCUCGCGGAGAUUAUUUACAAAAUAUAUCCAUCCCAUCUGUACUUAUUAGUAAAAGCUUUGGGGAUGGUCUUAAGAAAGCCCUGGUGGAUGGAGAAAUGGUCAGUGUCAAUCUAGAUUGGAGGGAAUCCUUACCUCAUCCUGAUGACCGUGUUGAGUAUGAGCUCUGGACUAACAGCAAUGAUGAAUGUGGCCCCAAAUGUGACAGCCAAAUAGACUUCGUUAGAACUUUUAAAGGUGCAGCACAAAUACUUGAGAAAAAGGGUUACACUCAAUUCACACCACAUUAUAUUACUUGGUAUUGCCCUGAAGUUUUCAUUUUGAGCAAGCAAUGCAAAUCUCAAUGCAUCAACCAUGGAAGGUACUGUGCCCCUGAUCCCGAACAGGAUUUCAGCAAAGGAUAUGAUGGGAGGGAUGUUGUGAUCCAGAAUCUCAGACAGGUCUGCUUGUUUAAAGUUGCCAAUGAAAGUGGAAAGCCAUGGCUUUGGUGGGAUUAUGUAACUGACUUCUCCAUUAGGUGCCCAAUGAAAGACAAGAAAUACACCAAGGAAUGUGCUGAAGAUGUAAUCAACACAUUGGGUGUUGAUCUGAAGAAAGUAAAUAGUUGUAUUGGAGAUCCUGAGGCUGAUGAAGACAAUCCCAUGCUGAAGGCUGAACAAGAUGCGCAGAUUGGGAAGAAGUCCCGUGGGGAUGUUACUAUCCUGCCAACACUUGUCAUAAACAACCGGCAGUACCGAGGCAAGUUGGACAAGAGUGCUGUGCUUAAAGCAAUCUGUGCUGGUUUUCAGGAAACAACAGAGCCUGCUGUGUGUUUGAAGGAAGACAUCCAGACAAAUGAAUGCUUGGAAAACAAUGGUGGAUGCUGGAAGGACAAGGAAGCUAAUAUUUCUGCCUGCAAGGAUACUUUCCGUGGAAGAGUAUGUGAAUGUCCUGUUGUCAAUGGUGUAAAGUUUGUUGGUGAUGGGUAUACACAUUGUAAAGCUUCUGGAUCGGGACGAUGUGAUAUUAAUAAUGGAGGGUGUUGGAAGGGAAGUAAAGACGGCACAACAUUCUCUGCCUGUGCUGAAUAUCAAGAAAAUGGAUGCAAGUGCCCUUUAGGCUUCAAGGGUGAUGGAGUUAAAACUUGUGAAGAUGUGAAUGAAUGUAAAGAAAAGAUUGCCUGCCAAUGCCGAGAUUGCAAAUGUAAGAACACAUGGGGAAGUUAUGAAUGCAGCUGCCGUGGUGAUCUUCUGUACAUGGCAGAGCAUGAUACCUGUAUAAGCAAGAAGGCAACUGCAGAGCUUAGCUGGAGCUUCUUGUGGCUCAUUUUCCUUGGCUUAGCUGUAGCUGGAGUUGGAGGAUACGCAGUCUACAAGUACAGGAUCCGGAGUUACAUGGACUCGGAGAUUCGUGCUAUCAUGGCACAGUACAUGCCAUUGGACAGCCAUGGAGAAGCUCCAACAACUCGCACCCACCAUGCUGAUAUUUAGAAGAAGAGCAGAAAAGACUGGAAUUCCUACUCAUUAGAGGUCUCUACACCAUGGGGGGAUUAAGUUUAAUGAAAUGGUAUAAAAUCUCUUCAUGAGAGGCUGGUUCUGUAUUCCUUGUAGAACUUGCAAACUCUCUAUAGAUGAGGUGUAUGUGUUAUCUCUAGUGUUUGGGUAGAUUGUUGCCGACUGAAUGGCAAUAAUGUGAGAAAAUAAUGGUGAUAUUAUGAGUUAUUUACUGAGUUUUUUCUAAAGGAAUAUAUGGUUGUAGCUUGGUUAAGGUAAUAGAAUUCUAGUUGAUGAAGGUUUUCGGGAAGAAUUGUAUGUAUUGGGAGAACUGGCUAAAUGAGCUUUGUAAUGGUUAAAUGUUGUUCCAAAUUUUUGGUGUGAAUGAAUGUAGCAUUUGAUAUGGAGAAUA